AUGGCUAGAAGGAUCAUGGGUUUCUCUCCUACUAGAGGAGGGCAGGGUCAACAGUACCCACCUAUGGCAAGCCAAAGGUCUUUGUACAACCUUAGUUUUGAGGAUGUUCAGAGACAGUUGUUGUUGGGAAACACAAGUGGACAUGUUGUGCAAGAACCUUCAUGUGAUCAUGAUUCAUUCACCAAAAGCAAUGGCAUUGGUGAGGCUUGGAGGGGAAUUGUUGACCAUGACCACAUCUUGAAUGAACCUACUUUAGGGGAAUCAACCAUUGAACAUUUCCUAGCUAAUGCUGGUGUGAUCAAUGUAGCAGAUCAGAAUGCUAACGUUCACAUUCCGACCCCAAUGGUCAUUGAUUCAAUCCAUCAUCAACAACAUUGGUUGCAAAUUCCUUCGGUUAACGUUAACACCCACCGACCUCAAGAUUUCAGUGUUUCUAAUAACUCAUUCUACGAUAGCCAACUCAGUUAUUCAGAAAACUCAGUGGGGAUUCCAAUGUCUCCUUCCUAUUCAGAUUCUUCCAAGACUUCUCUUUUUAGAAAGAGAAAGAACUCAAAUGAUGAUACGCUGGAAAAGGCCGUAGAGAGAAGACAGAAGAGAAUGGCUAAGAACAGAGAAUCUGCAGCACGAUCAAGGGCAAAGAAACAGGUUAGUUUGGAUUCUCUACUAGUUUUUCCUGUGUCUUCAAACUAUGUUUCUCUGCUGUAUCACCACUGA